CCUUUUCCAGAAACUCUUUCGUCUGGUUGUGCUAAAGGGUGAUGCCCUAGGUGCAUCCUUUAUCAAAAUUUGGAUCAUGAACAACUUCAUCCUCUUGGAAGAACAACUUAUCAAGAAGUCCCAACAAAAGAGAAGAACUUCUCCCUCAAACUUUAAAGUCCGCUUUUUUGUUUUAACCAAAACAAACCUGGCAUACUUUGAGGACCGCCAUGGGAAAAAGCGUACAUUGAAGGGUUCCAUUGAACUCUCCCGAAUCAAAUGUGUUGAGAUUGUGAAAAGCGACAUUAUCAUCCCAUGCCACUAUAAAUACCCCUUUCAGGUUGUGCACGAUAACUACCUCCUGUAUGUGUUUGCCCCAGACCGAGAGAGCCGUCAGCGCUGGGUUCUGGCCCUUAAAGAAGAAACAAGGAACAACAACAGUUUGGUGUCCAAGUAUCAUCCUAAUUUCUGGAUAGAUGGGAGGUGGAGGUGCUGUGCCCAGAUGGAGAAGCUUGCAGCAGGUUGUGCCGAGUAUGACCCAACCAAGGAUGCUUCAAAGAAGCCUCUUCCUCCUACUCCUGAAGACAACAGGCGGUCACUUCAAGAACCUGAUGAAACCUUGGUCAUUGCCUUGUAUGACUACCAAACAAACGAUCCACAAGAACUCACACUUCGACGCAAUGAAGAAUACUACCUGCUGGACAGCUCUGAGAUUCACUGGUGGAGAGUUCAGGACAGGAAUGGGCAUGAAGGCUAUGUACCAAGCAGUUACCUGGUGGAGAAAUCACCAAAUAGUCUGGAAACCUAUGAAUGGUACAAUAAGAGCAUCAGUCGUGACAAAGCUGAAAAACUUCUAUUGGACACAGGCAAAGAAGGCGCUUUCAUGGUACGAGACUCCAGGACUCCAGGAACAUACACAGUGUCUGUUUUCACCAAGGCCGUCGUAAGUGAGAACAAUCCCUGUAUAAAGCACUAUCACAUCAAAGAAACAAACGACAACCCGAAACGAUACUACGUGGCUGAAAAGUAUGUGUUUGAUUCCAUCCCUCUCCUCAUCAAUUACCACCAGCACAAUGGAGGAGGGCUGGUCACUCGCCUGCGGCACCCAGUUUGUUCCUGGAGACAGAAGGCUCCGGUCACUGCAGGGCUGAGAUACGGGAAAUGGGUAAUCCAUCCUUCAGAGCUCACAUUUGUGCAGGAGAUAGGCAGUGGGCAGUUUGGAUUGGUGCAUCUUGGCUACUGGCUUCACAAGGAUAAGGUGGCUAUCAAAACCAUUCAGGAAGGGGCCAUGUCAGAAGAGGAUUUCAUAGAAGAGGCAGAGAUCAUGAUGAAACUCUCUCACCCCAAACUUGUUCAGCUCUAUGGGGUGUGCCUGGAGCAGGCCCCCAUCUGCCUGGUGUUUGAGUUCAUGGAGCACGGCUGUCUGUCGGAUUACCUGCGCAGCCAGCGGGGGGUUUUUGCAGCGGAGACCCUCCUGGGCAUGUGCCUGGACGUGUGUGAAGGCAUGGCCUACCUGGAAGACGCGUGUGUCAUCCACCGAGACCUGGCUGCCCGAAAUUGUCUGGUGGGAGAAAACCAAGUCAUCAAGGUGUCUGAUUUUGGGAUGACAAGGUUUGUCCUGGAUGAUCAGUACACCAGUUCCACAGGCACAAAGUUCCCAGUCAAGUGGGCAUCCCCGGAGGUUUUCUCCUUCAGUCGCUACAGCAGCAAGUCAGAUGUGUGGUCAUUUGGCGUGCUGAUGUGGGAAGUCUUCAGUGAAGGCAAAAUCCCAUAUGAGAACCGAAGCAACUCUGAGGUGGUGGAAGACAUCAGUACUGGAUUUCGGUUGUACAAGCCUCGGCUGGCCUCCCCGAAUGUCUACCAGAUCAUGAAUCAGUGCUGGAAAGAGAGACCAGAAGACCGGCCACCCUUCUCCAGCCUGUUGGUUCAGCUGGCUGAAAUUGCGGAAUCAGGACUUUAG